CACAUGUGACUGUGUUUGACAAGUGACGACUACCCGUGCCACGUCAGCAACCCGCAUGCCCUUACUUCCUCUCUCUCUCUCUCUCUAUCUAUUCCCCCCACUCUCUCUCUCUAGAAAAAAAAAAGAAAAAAGAAAAAAACUCACAAGCAUCUACUUGAAUUCUUUAAUAAUACAGAAGAGGAUUUAUGCAAACGGAAGAAAGAAAAGAGAAAAACAAAAAGCCCCACAUCAAGUUUCCGAUUUACCCAUAUAUAUAUAUAUACCACUAAUAUAUACAUACACAUAUAUAUACACAAAAAUCCCAAUCGUUUCAUCAUCCCCAAAGAGCUGUCUUUUUUAUUUUUUUUGGGGGGGUAUAUAUAAGUAUAAGAUAUAUACGUACAGGUACAGCUACCGUUCUUGAGUGUACAGUAUACAGUGAUGUAAAAGCUACAAAAAAAAAAGAAGAUUGCAUUUUUAUUUGUCUUUUAAUUGAUGGGAGUGUAGAUGGGUUCACUUGAAACUGGGUUUCCAUCGAAGAGGAACAAUUAUUACAGUAACAACAAUGGAUUUUCAGGGCAAAGGAGCAGAUCAAGAUUUACAAGAUUGGUUUUUUUCAAGAGAGUUGACUAUCUGCAGUUGAUUUGUGGUGUUGCUACUUUGUUCUUCUUUGUUUUCCUUUUCCAGGUUUUCUUCUUGCCCGGGGAAGAUGGUAAUAAUAAUAAUAAAUCUGGUAAUAAUAAAAUCAAUGAUUUAGUUGGGGGAAAUGGGGGAGCAGUUUUUGAUGAGCUGUUGUUCUUGAAAGAGUUGGAUUUUGGUGAAGAUUUAAAGUUUGAGCCUUUGAGAAUCUCGGAAAAGUUUCGAAAGAAUGGCGAUUUGUCGAAAAUGGUUGCGAGAUUUGGGUAUAGGAAACCAAAGAUUGCCCUGGUUAGUUUUUUUGUGUUGGUUUAUUUGAAUUUCAAUCUAGUAGUUGAUCAUCAUCAAAUACUCAUGGUUACUGUAGCUACUGCAUUGCUCGAGAUUGGAUACGAAAUUGAGGUAUUCUCAACGGAAAACGGGCCCGCACAGGCUACCUGGAGAGAGAUAGGAGUUCCAAUUCGUGUUAUCGCCACAUCAGAUGACAACAUCAACUGCAGUGUCGAUUGGCUAAACUAUGAUGGCAUACUCGUAAAUUCACUUAAAUCCGUGGGUUUCUUGUCUUGUCUAAUGCAGGAACCUUUUAAGAAUAUUCCUCUCGUAUGGAUGAUCCACGAACAUACACUCGCCUCUCGAUUGAGAACUUACGUUUCGAGUGGGCAGAGUGAGCUUGUAGAUACCUGGAAAAGAUUCUUCUCUCGAGCCACUGUUGUCGUCUUCCCAAACUAUAUUCUGCCGAUUGAAUAUUCGAUAUGUGAUCCUGGAAACUACUUUGUCAUACCGGGAUCUCCAGAAGAAGCUUGGAAAGCCGAUAAACAAUUGGCUUUGCCGAAUAAUAAUAAUUUACGUUCCGAGCUGGAUUUCAGACAAGACGAUUUUGUUAUUGCAGUUGUGGGAAGUCAACUGUCGUACAAAGGUGUUUGGCUCGAACACGCCUUUGUAUUACAGGCUUUAUAUCCGAUUCUUACACACUUCGAAGAUUCUAGUUCCCGUCUUAGAAUCAUCAUUGUAUUAGGCGGCGAUUCCACCAGCAACUAUAGUACCACUUUGGAGACAAUUGCUCUAAAAUUGGGAUAUCCAAACGAAACGGUGAAGCGUGUCUCUGCCGACAGAAACACAAACACUGUAAUUAAUACUGCCGAUCUUGUAAUAUACGGUUCCUUCCUCGACGAGCAUUCUUUUCCAGACAUUUUGCUAAAAGCCAUGUCUCUCGUAAAACCAAUCGUCGCCCCAGAUUUACCAGGAAUACGAAAAUAUAUUAGUGACAAGAUCAACGGCUAUCUUUUUCCGAAGGAGGAUACGAUGGUUUUAACUCAGAUCAUGUUUCGAAUGGUCUCAAACGGAAAACUCUCACUUAUUGCAAGAAAUGCUGCUUCGAUCGGAAAAAGUAGAGCUAAAAACUUGAUGGUAUCGGAAAGUGUCGAAGGAUAUGCUUUCCUAUUGGAGAAUAUUCUCUCUCUCCCGUCUGAAGUUGCUGUUCCCAUGGCUGCCAAAAGCAUUCCCACGAAACUUAAAUCUGAAUGGAGAUGGCAUCUUUUCGAUGCUAUAAAAGAUACCAAUUCUCCGAGCAAAAUGGAGAUGAUUUUUGUAGACAAGAUUGAGAAGCAGUUCAAUCGCACUAAUGGAGAGAACUCUGUGGCUUCGAUCGGAUCAAAUGAUACGUUUUUGUAUAUUAUUUGGGAAGAGCAAAAGUAUUUAGAUAUGGCUAAUUUGAGAAAACGAAAAGAGGAUGAAGAAUUGAAGGAGAGAACCGAUCAACCACGAGGAACGUGGGAUGAAGUGUAUCGAAGUGUGAGAAGGUUAGAUCGGUCAUUACACGAAAGAGACGAAGGAGAACUUGAGAGAACAGGACAACCACUAUGUAUUUACGAGCCUUAUUUCGGAGUGGGAACUUGGCCGUUUUUGCACAAUGUUUCACUAUACAGAGGGCUUGGGCUAUCGACGAAAGGUCGAAGACCGGGAGCUGAUGACGUGGACGCACCUUCUCGCCUCCCGUUAUUAAAUAAUGGUUACUACAGAGACGUAUUAGGAGAAUACGGUGCCUUCUUUGCAAUUGCUAAUCGAAUCGAUCGAAUACAUAAAAACGCUUGGAUAGGAUUUCAAUCUUGGAGAGCUACAGCCAGAAUGAAAUCUUUGUCGAAGAUUGCUGAGAGAUCAUUGUUAGAUGCUAUCGAAGCAAGAAAGCAUGGAGACACUUUAUACUUCUGGGCCCGCCUUGAUAUGGACCCGAGAAACCCGUUGAAAAAGGAUUUUUGGUCAUUUUGUGAUGCUAUUAAUGCUGGGAAUUGCCAGUUAGUUUUUUCGGAGACGCUGAAAGAGAUGUAUGGUGUAAAGCAUAACUUGAGUUCUCUUCCGGCGAUGCCUUCGGAUGAAGGGACUUGGUCCGUUACGAAUUCUUGGGUUUUACCCACUAAGUCGUUUGUCGAGUUUGUUAUGUUUUCAAGAAUGUUCGUUGACGCACUCGAUACACAAUUUUAUGACGAUCACCAAAAGAUCGGGCAUUGUCACCUCAGUUUAUCCAAGGACAAGCAUUGCUACUCUCGUUUACUCGAGUUACUAGUAAACGUUUGGGCGUACCACAGUGGAAGAAGGGUGGUCUACGUGGACCCCACGACAGGUGUCAUGCAAGAACAGCAUAACCUAAGAAGCAGAAGAGGUCAAAUGUGGAUUAAGUGGUUCCAAUUCGCCACUCUUAAAAACAUGGACGAAGACUUGGCUGAAGAAUUCGACUCCGACCACUCCAAAAAUCGGAGGCUAUGGCCAUUAACGGGCGAGAUAUAUUGGCACGGCAUUUUCGAAAAAGAGAGAAAUAUGAGAAAUAGAGAAAAAGAAAAGAAGAGGCAACAAAGUAAAGAUAAAAUGCAACGAAUGAGGAAACGGACCCACCAAAAGGCCUUGGGUAGGUACGUGAAGCCUCUUGUAGAGGAUUCCAACUCGACUUCUCUUGCAGCCAAGCUUCUGAGGUAGCACUAAUUUUUCGAUACUAAUUAAUCACCUUGAUUUUUUCUUUCGGGGAAUUUUUUAAUUUUUUAUUUGAGAACGGAUGCUUAGGAUUGUGAUUUGUAUUUGAGAUGUAUUUAGUUUGCAUUCGUUCUUUCUUUUUUUUUUUUCGAUUUUUCCAGGGUUCUGUAGAGUGUAUACCAUUUUUUAUUUUCCUUUUUUUUUUUUUAAUUAUUAUUAUUUUUAAUUACAUGUAAAUGGUAGCUGGUAGACAACAGUUCUAUCAUGUGAAACUCUGGUAUUUGAGAUCUGGUAAUGAAUUUAUUAUUACAUGCAAA